AUGGACGCGCUCCUGAGCCGAGGCUACAAAGACAGCCAUCGUGCAUUCUUGCAAGCCUUGCUGGCCCAUGGCACCAUCACCCUCCGAGAGGCGCAAAAUAUACUAGCAGCCAUAAUCAACGCAUCUAGCGAAUCCAAUGGCGACAUUAGACCGGAUCAAGUGACGCAGGAGGAUUUCCAAGCCUACCUCGAAGUCGCGUCUGAGGCGGCGUCUCUGUUCGACUACGAGAUCCGAAGCACAGUCCAUCAACUUUCCAAAGAGCGUAUUUACGCUCUCGUAAAUACGGCGUCGGACCCUCAGACACAGCUCGCCACGACGUACAACUCGGAGGAGCUGUCUUUCAUCAAGAGAGUCCUUGAGGGCAUGUUUGACAAAUACAAUACUCCCCGGAUGGAGGUGCUCGCCAUCACGGAAAUGCAAGCCAUCAAGUUGGCCCGACCAAAUCGACGACAGAGCCAGCUCGAUGUUUCUGGAGAAGAGCAGACACAAACAACAAGCGACAGAGGGCUCAAGCACAGUGAAGUCGAAAACGUGUUGGCAAGCCUCGUCGAGGGGGGUUGGCUCGAGAAGAGCCGGGAUGGCUUCUUCGCUGUUACACCACGAGCCCUGCUGGAGCUGCGGCCGUGGCUGAUUGAAAUGUACAACGACCCAGAUGUCGGGCCAGAGGAGUGGCAGCGGAUCAAGUUCUGCGAGGCCUGCAAGGACAUUGUGACGAUGGGUCUGCGGUGCGCGGAGCCCAACUGCACGCUGCGUCUGCACGACAUUUGCCAGGAGGCCUUCUGGCGUGCGCAAAGGACAAGCAGCUGUCAAAAAUGCUCGAGAGAAUGGACGGGAAACAGCUUUGUGGGAGAACGAGCGGUCACGAUGACGGAGGCGUACCGGAACGGUCGAAGAAAGAGCGGCGGACGGAGAAGCACCUUGGCAGAGGAGGUCAUCCACGAACAACAGCAGAUAGAUGCAGCGAGCGACGGGGAGUGA